CACACUGAAGCUAGCAUUCAACUGGCUGUCCUCUCGCUUCCCAAUUGUAACUAGCAACUAACUGUCGACUAUGGGUAUAUACGACUCCACCAUUGGUACCUUGCUAGUUGGGAUAUUCUUCAAUACGUAUCUCUAUGGCUUGGUCACGUACCAAUUUGCUGCCUAUCACAGAAUAAAGUUCAAUGAUCAUCCAGCAAUAAAGUACAUGGUGUUGGUGUUGUUCAUCCUCGACACCGUCCACAGCAUUUCUGCCAUUUACAUGGCUUGGGUAUAUUGCGUGACAAACUACAAUAAUCCUACUGCUAUAACGUCCGCACUUUGGCCAUACACUUUUACUCCAAUCGCGACGGCCUUGGCAGCUUUGUUGACGCAGGUUUUCCUAGGUUAUCGUAUCUAUCGUCUGAGCAACAGUCGAGUCCUGUUUGGUGUUAUCCUUGUGCUUGCCGUGCCGACCUUUGCCCUCGGAAUGGCUUGCGGUAUCAGAGCAUGGAUAAUCAAAGUGUUGGUCGAACUCUCUGCCUUGGAUAGCCUCGUUACAGGCUGGUUGGCGAUGCAAGUCAGCCUUGACCUAUUCAUCACCGUUACGCUUACGAUCAUCCUUACUCGGUCACGAACUGGCUUCCACAAGACAGAUACCGUACUGAAUCGUUUGAUCCGUGGUGCCAUCCAAACUGGUCUCUUCGCGGGUAUCUUCUCCCUGGGUGAUCUCAUCACAUUUCUCCGUUACCCAACGACCAACUUGUAUGGCAUGUUUGCUAUCCCCAUCGGUCGCAUAUAUACCAACACACUCCUUGAUACUCUUCUUGCACGCCAGGACCUGAGGCAGCAAAUGGCUGGAACUCGUGAUAUGGAUUCAGACACUAAUAACGGUGCCUCAUGGCAAUCAUCAUCACAAAGGAGUAAAAACAUCCAGCUUAAAGAGGUAGAGGUACGCAAAGACGUACAAGUAUUCAACGAUGCCGCUUCUUAUGAAGCGGAUCUCAAGGUUCCAUCAUCGAUGGCCAUAUAGAGAAAAAAUAGAACUAGUUCCAUCCGUUCGUUUCCAUUCAGGUAUUGCUGGUACAUAGACGAAUAUAGAACCUUAUAUUUUUUGCCAUCAACUUGCUGGAUGGGUUUAAGGACACUGUCCUCGAGGUGACCCUUGCAAUAUCCUCCUGAUGCCCUCUGAUCGUUCUUUUGUUUGCAGCCUUCUGACCAUGUCUGUCAGUAUAUGUUUUUUUUUUUUUGAAGUGAAAGAGUACAAUAUCGACCUACUAUAUCAUUGCUCGUGUCGUAUAGAUGCGACAAAACCUUAUUUGCGAAGAUGAGCCCAGCUAUGUAGUGAUAGUUAGCAUCAAUGGGAUGUUACUGUAACAAGCUGCGUUUGGCCGCUUUUAACCACUCCUGUUCACUUGGCAUAUAAUAGUGCUCACCUGUCUCCUCUGUGAAUGUCAUGUCGUGCCCGCCUUAACCUCUUGAAUCUGCUAUCCAUCAUACUGUUGACCUGCAAAUCC